AUGAGACUCUCCACUCUCGGUUCAGCCCUUGUGGGCCUAGCUGUCGCCCAGGCAUCGACUAUCAAUUACUCCGCAGUCACAGGCUACUUUCUACAAGAUGAGGAUUCGACUGAUCCCUCUACAUUUGACUAUACAGCGGAGAACUUCGGCCUGAUCGACCGCGCAUAUCCCGCCGACAAGGAGCACAAGAAACACAAGUCCCUAACGCAAUGGGAGCGCUUCUACCACCAGGUCACCAAGUUGAAUGAGGAUUCCCCCAAGGACAUCGAGUACAAGGUUCUGUUUCUUGGUCGACACGGGGAGGGGUGGCACAAUGCCGCCGAAACGUAUUAUGGAACACCAGCGUGGAACUGCUACUGGUCCGAACUCAGCGGCAACAGCACAGCAAGCUGGGCAGACGCCACCCUCACACCCGGCGGUGUCACCCAAGCGCUCAAAGCAAACGAGUUCUGGCAAAAGGAGAUAAACGAACAACGAAUCCACACACCAGACCACUACUACGUCAGCCCACUGACACGCACUCUGCAAACCGUCAACCUGACUUUCACGGGCCUGGACAUGCCCAAACACAGCGCACCCUUCAAGCCGACCAUCAAGGAACUCUUCCGCGAAGGAAUCAGCAUCCACACCUGCGACCACCGCCGUACUCGCAGCUACAUCCACGACCUAUUCCCGCACUGGCCCAUUGAGCAUGGGUUCACCGAGGAGGAUGAGCUGUGGAAUGGCGUGACGGCUGAGUCUAGUGGGGCGCAGGAUGUUCGCAGUGCCCAGGCUUUAGGGCAAGUUUUCUCUGCUUCCUCCAAGAAGAAGUCGUUUGUGUCGAUUACCUCGCAUUCGGGUGAAAUCUCGUCUAUUCUGAGGGUUAUUGGACACCGGACCUUUAAGUUGAGUACCGGCGCGGUUAUUCCGGUGUUGGUCAGGGCUGAGAAGGUUCCGGGUACGGCGCCCGUCACCUCUACUGUGCCUUGGGAGGUGAGCCCGCAUUGUACAGAGCCGCCGGUUACGUCAGUUUCGGCUUGUGUUUGUCCUUCCAGUGCGGUGCCUGUUACGACGCCUUUGGCUACGGGGUUUUAG